AUGGCAGAUUCCACCCUCUACCUCUACACCUCCCUCACCGCGGGCUCCUCGCACAUCAUCACCGCCACCUCGCGCCUCGAGACAAUCCUCAAAGCCAACAAGAUCCCCUUUCAGGCUAUCGACAUCGCCACCGAUGAUGCAGCCCGGAGGCUGUGGGGGAGGUACUCUAAGGGCCGCAAGUUGCCUGGUUUGGUUAAGUUCAACACUAUCGUCGGGGACCUCGAGCAAAUAGAAGAAUGGAACGAAUACGGCGAACUCAAAGCCGAGAUUCGUGCCGUCGCGGACCCGAAUGAUUUUUCGUCUGAGCAGAAAAAAGAUACAGUCGAGGUACCCAAGCUGGCUCCUGUGGCAGCGACGACGACAUCAAACAAGACGAGCGGAACGUCGACACCACACAUUCAAAUCCAGAACCCGCCCGUCACCGAGAACAAGGAAGACCAGAGAACACUGGCCCUACGACUAGCAGGCGAAGAAGCAGCAGCUCGAGCUAAAGAAACCGCUCGAUCGAAACUAGGCGCAAAACCGGUUACGAUUGAAGGAGAUGGAAAGGCGACGCCUACCCCGGACCCGAAGGCCAAGGGAACUGAGGCACUUGUUCUAGCCAAGAAGCCAGACGAAAAGAAAGACGACGAAAAGACAACAACUACUACUACUACAGAUAGCGACACCGAAACGAAAAGACCAUCCUCGACAACCGGCUCCCCCGCCGGCCGCCGGCGCUCCGUCGUCCCCGAACUCCCCGCAUCUCUGAAAAGACCAUCGCUAGCCGACGAAGUUGCCGCCGUCUCAAGCGCGAAUUUCCACGCCGACAAUGCCGAAUUGUUGGGAUUGGUAGGCCAUCACCGCGGCUCAAUCAUUUCUGCGACGACCGUGGAUGAGCAGGAGCAAGUGCGCAAGGAUAUUCGAGCGUCGAUUUCGGAGGCGCCUGCAGAUGGCGAUAUUGAUGCGUUGAGGAAGACGGCGGAGGAGAAGAAGGGGGAUACUAUCUUCGAGGAUGACGAAGAGUCUGAUCAAAGCGAGGAAGAAGAGACGAAGCCUGCCACCGAGGUAGGUAAGAAGGAGGAGGUAAAAGAAGAGACGCAGAAAGAAGAUCCCAUGGACGAGAGUAAGGCCGGCGUCAGCGUCGCCGACUAG